UCCUUUUUUAUAGCAUGUUUGAAGCCAGCCUGGUCUACAUGUGAGACCCUAUCUCAAAGAGAGAAAAAAGAAAAGAGAAGCUGGUUGUCUUUCCUGUCCUUGGGGAAUGUACUUGAGGGAAGUGCCGUGAGGCAACAGAACCAGAAAUGUGUAAGGGGUGGACUGGAGGGGACAGCAGGGGCAGUGACGGAAAAUGGCGGCACUUCCUGGAUAACGGCUUUCGGUUGCAGAUACACAGAGAACUCACUGCACAUGGGAAACUGCCUCAGACAGGAGGCCAGAUGCCAGUCCAGCUGUCGGAAUCAGGGUAGCAGAGGGGAUGUCUGAGAUGAUCUCAAGGAGUGGAAGCGGGGAUACUGAUCAAGGAGAGAAGAAUGGGAAUUCUAGGCUCAGGGGAUGAGGGUGCCUAGAGUGUUCGGGGAUCUGGGUUCAAUCCCCAGGGAGACAGAGAUGGAGAGAGAGACAGAGAUGGAGAGAGACAGACAGAAAGAGACAGAGAUGGAAAGAGAGACAGAGAGACAGAACACAGUAACAACUUCAGCAGCUUUAUGAAAUAGCCUUUUUGGAGGUGGCUAGGCAGACAGGAGUGCUAAAAAUCAGAGAUAUUCAGAGGUUGGGGAAGUCUCGGCCCUUGGCACGGUGCUUGACUUAAGUCGUAAGGUCUCAUUGAAGAGGUAAAGCAAAGGAGGUCGCCAGCCGGAUCAGCGUGAGCUGACUGUUCUCUGGCUGUAGGGGAAUAGUGCAGAAUCAGAGACUCCUCCAGUGACCAGUGCAAGAGGGUGACAGCCUGACCUGGGCCCGGGCAGGGCUGCGGAGAGGAGAGGCAUGCAGCCCGCGGUUUGCAGUGAGGCCUAUGGCAGCAGGAAGCUGAGCGUUCCGACUGUACCUCAGCUGCUUGAGGCUUGAGAAACCUUGGGGAGUGACUUAGUCCAGUGUCUCAGUUUCCCCACCCACAGACAGUAAUAAUCUUGGUCUUCGUGAGGAAUCGUGUGGGGUCUUAACCUAGGGCCUGGCUCAGUUUCCGCUGACUGGAUAAACUGUAGCUGCUGCUGCUGCUAUUUGGCACAAGAGGAGACAAACGUCACUUCACUGGGAGGUACAGUUGGCAGGUCCAACCCAACCGGACAAGAACUUCAGAUCUCAGAAGAGACUCAUCCUGACCUCAUGUCUAUGGGCAGGUAGAGGCUACCCAGCUGGUUAUACUCAGUCUGCAGCCCAGCCCGUAGUCUGUCCUCACUCUGUGGCCUAUUUCUGAGCUACCCUCCCCAGGACCACACACUAGUGUUCCUAAGUAUGAGCCAGCACCUGUGUGUGUAGGGACAGAUGUACUAGGGGAAAGCAGAUGGCCUUGAGAUGCCCAGCUGCGUAUUGACUUCCUUCUGAUAAUACAGGCGUCUAUGGACUUUGAGGACAACAUCUUGUGGGUUAGGAAUCAGGAGGUCUGUGUUGUAGUCCUGGCUCAGCUACAAAAUACUCAGGAGCCCUGAGAAUCACAUCUGUCUCCAGGACUCAAUUUUAAAAAUCUCGACUAUGUUCUAAGACGCUACAGCAGCCAUUGCCAGUCAGUACCUUCCUUGUCCUGGGUAGAGGGAGCUGGGGGUCCCUUCCCUCUCCCCAGUGUGGCUCAAUGCAUGACUCUGCACGCAUCCCCAUGGACAGCUUAGUCCCCUACUCCCCCCUAAAUAUCUCUCCCUUGUCUCUUUCAUCUCCGGUCUCCUAUGGCAGAGCUGGAAUAAAAUUUCCAAGCUAAGUUGGAUGGCUGGUCCCCCUUGGCUUGGUGGGUCGUCUCACCUCUUCACCAGCUAUCUUAUCUAGGGAGGUGCUGUGUGGCACUCCUAGUUGCAACAGCAAUUAGAAGAAGCAGGAGGCCAUGAGCAUUAGGAGGGGGUCCUGGGUCCCCUGCCCUGAGAGCAGGCAUGGUGCCCCCCGGGAAGAAGCCCGCUGGAGAGGCCUCCCACUCCAACGAGAAGUGCAAGCCACUCCUCAGUGAGCAGUGGAAGGAGGAGCUUCCCUGACUGAACUCUGGACAAGUGAAGCUGAUGCUCCGUCUAGAAUGUCGCCAGGCCCUGGUGCGCAACAAGCGUGGCAAAGCCAGGAAUGCCGUCGCGGUGGGCACUAACAUCCAACACCAUGCCCUGCUGCAUGGUGUCACCUCAGGCGCUCACCGCCAGGCUCUGGCAGCCAACCAGGGUCAGCCCGCUCUGGACGGCCCUGCUGAGGGUGAAGGGACCUACGGCAGCCUGACAACCACUCCCACCUCUGAGGCCAUCAAGGCGGAGGCAGACCUAGCUGAGGUGGCUGUGCUGACCACUGUGGACUAUGUGACUAAAAAUGUGCCUGAUAACCAACGUUCUGCCCUGCUCGAGCUGCAGAGGUUCAACCUGUGUCAGGCACUGCUGGGCACAGAGCAUGGUGAAUACUACAGCCCCAUGAGGGUGAGGGAUAUGUGGGUGGCUGUUGCCGGUGUCUUGCACACAGAGGCCUGUCAGCACCUGAAAGCAUGUCCAUAUGUGGGGUUGGUGUUAGAAGAGACCAGGGACUGGGCAGAGUCCCAUACUCUGUCCCUGUUGGCCACUUUGGUGUCCCCAUGUGAUGGCCAACCCGCUACCACUUUUUUUGGCAGUGUAGAGCUACAGGAGGGUGAGGCUAUCGCUUGCCCACACCUAGACAUCCUACAGGUUUUUGGCAUAUCUGCACCCAAACUGGCCUGGCUCAAUUCAAGCCUCCCCUGUAACGGACUGGGGAGUGUUGGCCUGCAGCUCAGGGCCACUUGCCCAUUGCUCAUGGAUCUUCACUGUCUCCCUGGCCCGACAUACCCUAAGCCCCCUGUCUAUCUGGGUGAAUAUGAGAGCAUUGCCUUGUUCUAUCUGCAUGGUGACCCCAGUUCCCACAUGAUCCCUGAGCUCCGCGCAGCCUUGGACCGUGCAGCUAUUGACUUGGCGGAUCCUCGGCCAGUAUGCUGGUCCUCUGUGUUGCCCAUUGUGGAAGUAGUGGCUGAGGCCUGGCCUUGCUUGGUGCGCAUUUGCCCUGGCCUCCCCGGGUGGACGGCUGCUGCACUGGCCUCACCAUAUGCCAGUUCCCAAUUCACUUCCGUAGCCUUCAACCCCACGCUGCUCUACGCUCUGCCUUUGGUGCAGAAGCUUGCCCUGGUCCUGCAGCACAAAGACCCGGACCUGGUCUUGCUGCAGCCGGUGGUGAUGGCAGGCACAGCUUCGCUGCAAGCUCAGCGGGUCCAGGGCUUCCUGCAGUAACUGGCGAUUUCUGAGCCCGCCCCUAACACGGGGCUGCUGCUGGGGCUGCUAGGCAACUCCAGGGCUUCUCUGCUAGGCUUGGGGCGCCUCCAGGAAGCUUUCCGGGGUUCCAUUCGCCGCGCGUGGGGUGUGCCCUUCCCCAGACUCUCUUUGGAUGCGGUGGCGAUGAUCUUCGAUUGGGGCACGCACGGCCAGGAGGCUCUUUGAGUGCUGCUGCAGGGCACUGGUGCACCAGUGCUGGGCGACUUCGUGUUCUUCAAACGCAUGGUGGCCAGCCUCGGGCGCCUCUGCCCACGGGCUCUGUGAGCCAAGCUGGCGUGCGUACAUUUUGAGCUGUACGAAUUCUUCCCUAACUUCUCCUCCCUAGUCUUGGUGCUGCCCUUGGACGCGGGGCUGCUGGGCAAGGUGGGCAGCGCGCAAGUUGCGUGGUGGGGACAGAGCGGCCCGGGGGGCCAUGGUGGCCACAUGGUGAAGAUCACGAUCCAUGCCGCCCCCCACUGCAUGAGUGGAGCUCUUAGAAAGUAGAUGGGAGAAGGACUCCUGGGGUGGCACUUCACUCGGGGGCGGCCUCCCCUCCCCUUAGCCCACGGCAGUGGAAAUUGAAGGGAGAGCACACACAGCCUUAACCAUACUAACCUCAAGCUGACCUACUGUGCUGUCCCCGCUCUUCAGCAGACCAGACCUCUGGCCUGUGAGGAAAGAGGAGCGGGGGCAAGUGGUAGAGGUGCUAGCGAGGGUCUGGACAGUUCCAGUGCCUUCCGGCCUUUCAGAGUUUGCUUUUCCUCUCUGUUGGGCUUGAGGAACUGGGGGAACAGAGGUGAAGAAGACCGGGUCCCUGAGAAUUUCCUCGCCCCAUGCUUUGCAGUGUCUCUUUCCCAAGAGAUUGCCAUCCAAAUGCAGUGCUUGUUUCUCUCCCACAGCGCAGUGCUAGCUGGGCACAAACUGAUAGACCAAGUGCACGAUGAUUCCAGGGAGGCAGUGGUGCUCUGCCUCCCCACC